UCGGGAGCCGUCUCCCGUCGUGCACCGGGGCGCCGGCGACUCACCCGGAAGGAGAAGCCGUGACUCUGGCUGUAUGGUGGGGCGCGGGCUGUGUCGCUGUGGGGAGCUGGUGCGGCUCUCAGGAGCCAGCCCGGAUCAUUUGUUGGCAGUACAUAUUGGCUGAAGUCAGUUUUCAUUUCAAGAUGCUUUCUUCCAAUGGGCGUAGGGCGUAGGAUGUCGGACAGCCAAGAGCAGGAGGAGGUGAUUACGGUGCGUGUUCAGGAUCCCCGCGUGCAGAAUGAGGGCUCCUGGAAUUCUUACGUGGAUUAUAAGAUAUUCCUGCAUACCAACAGCAAGGCCUUUACUGCCAAGACUUCCUGUGUGCGGCGACGCUAUCGUGAGUUUGUGUGGCUGAGAAAGCAGCUACAGAGAAAUGCUGGUUUGGUGCCCGUACCUGAACUUCCUGGAAAGUCAACCUUCUUUGGCAGCUCGGAUGAGUUCAUUGAGAAGCGACGACAAGGUCUGCAGCAUUUCCUUGAAAAGGUCCUGCAGAGUGUGGUCCUCCUGUCAGACAGCCAGCUGCACCUCUUCUUGCAAAGCCAGCUGACAGUACCCGAGAUAGAAGCCUGUGUCCAGGGCCGAAGCCCCUUGACUGUUUCUGAUGCCAUUCUUCGCUACGCUAUGUCAAACUGCGGCUGGGCCCAGGAAGAGAGGCAGAGCUCUUCUCACCUCGCGAAAGGAGACCAGCCCAAGAGUUGCUGCUUUCUUCCAAGAUCGGGUAGGAAGAGUUCUCCCUCUCCGCCUCCCAGCGAAAAAAAGGACCCUUUAGAAGUGUGGGCUCCUGUUGUUGACUCUGAGGUUCCUUCCUUGGAAAGUCCCACGCUUCCACCCCUCUCUUCGCCAUCAUGCUGUGAUUUUGCAAGACCUGAUGAAGGAACCUCCACUCCUCAGUCUAUGAGGAGGGCGGUGGGAGGAGACCAUGCUGUGCCUUCGGACCCUGGGCAGUUAGAUUCAGUUUUGGGAAAGUGAGGUCUGGUCUGAGCUCUGGGUUCUGCUCCGUGGCAGAUGGAGAUGUAGGCCAAGAGACUUACUCAGGUGGAAUUGGGCACAGGGCAGGUGUAGGGCAGGUGGGCUGCUUAGCAUCUGACAGUCGCCGCUACUGGUGCUGUUUGCAGAGGUCAGUCAUGACAGUUGCUCCUGCCUCCAUAGGAACAAACACUGUGCUGGUGUUCAUAAGUUAAGAGUAAGGCCCAGGGGCUGUUGAUUCUUAACGGAACCCGUAUUCUCCUAGGGGCUGAGUUUCUUCAGGUGUUUGUUCACAGGUCCAGGAGCACUGCCUCAAGUGACAGGUUUUGGGGACUUGUAAGUGGCAGAUUGUCAGUGCCAUGUCCUAUCCCAUCUUGGCAGCUUCUGGUUUUGCUGCAGCCCUUGAAGCACUGGUGGGAGGCUGGCCUCUUGCCUACCUCCUCGCAUGAACAAGGUGGUGAAUGUUUACUCUCCCACCUCCUGGAUUUUUUCCUCCUCUGAUACCACUGACUGAAACUGGUGCUAUGACUACUGUCACUGAGGUUUCUGGCACAUCCUAGGAGCUUAACCCGGCUCAUGGGGCCUGGGCUCAUGGUCUUCUGGGAGAGAGAAUAGUUGGCCAUUACUAGAGGGGAAGCAACCACUCCCUCUGGGGCUUUGUUUGGGAAGAGGUUGUCCUGGCCUGUCACCGUCUCUUCUGGUUAUAAAACAGAGACAUGGCUAUCUUUUCUGCUGGAUGAGAGUGAGCUCUUCUUUCUGAAUCCUUUUCUUCUCCUUUAGUGACAGCUUCCUGCCUCCAGGGCUUCAGCCGCCAGCAUCCCUGUGUGCUGUUGCAGGGAGGCCGUAUGUUCAAUCCAGUGGGGCGCUAGGGCUUUGUUUCUCCCUGGAAGAGAGGACUCUGGGGAUGGAGAUGAGGAACAACACGCCUUCCCUCAGACAAUGAGGCAUUCUGCUCUCCUGCUGUCGUAAUUCCUCUCCACUGAGAGCCAGGGCUGGCAGGAGCCGAGUGCUGCCACUGUGGGCCGCAGCCACGGGCAUCCUGCAUCGCUCUGCUCUUAGGUUUGUACACGUGGUUCUUCCCUUUCUCGCCCACCGUCCCUGCACUUGCCAUCCUGCCCUGUCUGGGGGCUCUUUUACUGCCAGCCUAUGCUAUGGGACUGUCAUGGCAUUUAGUUCAGAGUUGAGGGGCUUUGGCCUGAAAUAAAAUGCAAGUAUUUAAGACUGUUGUUGCAAUUUGUGUCUAACAAGCUGUAGCAAAGAAGGAGGGAGUGAGGGCUGGCAGUGGUUAUGUUCAUAAAUCAUGAAUUUAUCAGCGUGGAAAUAAUGGGUCAGAACUGUGCACUGCAGCUCUCUUGCAUUGUGUGUGCAGCUUAAGUUCACCACUGGAGGAAGGAUUGUCUUCCAGAGAGUCAGGAUCCAGCUCCUCUCACAGUUCUGGGCAUGAACCUUGUUAGGUAUAAUUUACCUGAUGCUGCUUCCAUCCUCACAGUCUGUCUGAGGUGCCAGGUGCUGAAAGAGAAAUAAAGUUUGUCAACAGGCAGAUGCAAAGCCCUGGCUGGUAUUCAUCCCUCUUUCCUGCCUGCCUCCCCUGGGUCUCUCCUUUAUAUGAUGCAGCAGAGCAAGGCGAGGAUAGAAAACCUACAGAGGCAAAUCCAAAAUGUCAAAAGAAGUUCAUUUAAAAAGGGAAAAAAAACUCCAUACACAACCCUCACAAAAACCCGACAGAUGCUAAGCUAAUGGCAUCCGCUCUGCCGAUUGGUGGGGACGGCUCAUGAAUAUUAAUGAGUCCAAUGCUCCAAAUGGUGCAGCUGUGAACCCAGCUGUGCCUGAAGCUCUCUGAUCUCGAAACUUCCAGACAGGAGCCGGAGGUGGUCUGUGUCAAUUCCCUACUCAGCCAAAAAACAGCAAGCUGGGUUGGCCUUCUUCUGUUCGCUGCUUUUCUUCCUGGAGUUGGUGCUCAGCAGCUAGUUCUACCAGCAGGCUAGGCUGCUGGGACAGCGGGAGCCAUUCAAAGACGUGGACGUGAUUUUUCUGACUCCCAGCUUUUUGAAUGAUCCAUUAGCAGCAGUGCAUACAGCAGCACCUCAGUUAAUCUAAGGCCAGGCACCAUCCUCUUUUGCGCUUGUGCUGAGUUGGAUGUAGGCUGUGCAAUGAGAUAAAUCAAGAAGGGAAGCGUUUUUCUAAUAAGACAGGCCUGGAAUUACCAGAAUAAAAAGUGAAAGUAAACAUGCA